AUAGUUUUAGGUUCACGAUAGCUAAAGCAAGGGCAAGGGUUUAUCCCUCACGUAGAAAGACAAAAUGGCGAUGAAAUAGGGCACUGUGAGUGAAACUGAGAAGGGUAACCAAGACUAAAGAAGCGUAAAUCGGAUCUAAUCUAAAUUCAGUUAAUUUGCGUAAGAAUCGUGCAUGGCCACAGAGACCAAACGCAGCAGUGUGAAGCUCAAAUCAGGUGCCCCAGAUGGGUCUUCCAAGGGAAAGGUCGAUUCUUCGGCUGUCAAGAAGAAGCCCCCCGCUGAUUCAAAGAUGAAAUCUGUCUCCACCGUAACAAAAUCUGAGGUUAAAUCUAGAUCGACAUCAUCGUCUUCAAAAACAAUAACAAAGACAACUACAAAAGUGAGAGAGAAGAAAGUGUACAGUUUGCCUGGGCAGAAACAUGAUCCUCCAGAACAGAAAGAACCCCUGAGGGUUUUCUAUGAAUCAUUAUCAAAACAGAUACCAACAAGUGAAAUGGCAGAAUUUUGGUUAAUGGAAUAUGGGAUGUUGUCUCCAGAUAGAGCUAAGAGAGCAUUUGAGAAGAAGCAGAGGAAACAAAAGGAAAUACGGACUGGAACUCCUGUUAAGCCAUCAAAGCCGUCAACUAAAACUGAAACUUCCCAGAAGCAACAACAGGCAUCCAAAAAUGGUGACAUAAAAGCCAAGAAAAAAAUUACUGAGAGUGAUGAGGAUGAUGAUGAUUUCAUUUUAAGUCAUAAAAGAAGAAAAGGGAAGUAAGAAGGAAAGCUUCGAAAUGGUUAUAGCGGUCUUCAACAUUGCUCCAUAAAACUUUUAUUUAACUUGGGGAAAAAAUGAAAAAAAAAAUGUGAGGAGGAAAUUUGCCAGACAACCUAACAAUUGUUAGAUCAAGACAUUCUUUAUGUUUCUAACUUACCGAGUCUAGAAGGACCACACAAUUUGUGACUUUGGCAAUCUGCAUGAUGACCAUUGAAACUUUUUCCUUAUUAUUUGACAUUUCACUGCUGUGAGAUUGAAAACUAAUAACUCACUUUAACUAACUCCUUCCUUAUAUAUUUGCCUCUGAAGAAAAUAUUUGUGGCUCUCUUUACCCGUUCGUUUUCCUUCUCAUGUAUUUGAAUAAACUUGUAGGUUGAUUCAGAUUGCCUGUCUUGAAAUUUCCAUUUUUGCAUAAGGCUACAAUAUCUAUCUACUCUUGAGUCAAAGAGGGUAAAGUUCACAACA